AUGGAGGGGUCACGGGAUUCGGAGACUAAAGGAAAAGGUAGGGUGGCGAGGGACGAGGGGACGCAGGAGAACGGGAUUGCAGCGAUCGGAAUGCCGAGCGCGGAGCUUGAUCGUGCGGGGAUGGGGAUGGUGCGCGCGCAUGAAGGGGUGGCGGAAGAGUCAGGGGGGGACGCGGGGGCCGCGGAAACGCUCGUGCUGCCCAGGGUCGGACCUGGAGCGGGAAGGAGUCCGGUCGAGGGGCAUAGGGCGGAUGAGACGCGUUUAGCAGCAGAGGAACGGGGAGAGAGGGGAGUGGGAGAAGCAGAGAAGUUGGAUGGGAGGGAGAGGAGGGAGAUUGAGGGGUUGGGGCUUCUUAGCCCAAGCUCAUUCUCUUCUACCCCUGGUGUACAGUCACGCGGUGUACAGUCACAUCCCACGGACUCCCCCUCUCCUCAGCCCCGCGUGCCUCACUCACACACUCACCCCUCGAUCCGCUCUUUUGUUCCCCCAGACUCUAGUUUUGGGGCAUCCCCAACUCCCUCCUCUGAACCGCUCGUGCCACACUCACACACGCACCCGUCGCAUCCCCCUUUCCUACAGCCUGACUCGCCCUCCUCCCCUCAGCCGCCCGUGCCGCAUUCUCACACUCACCCGUCGCGCGCACACCCCCAAUCCGACCACUCCCAAUCCCUCCACCCCCAAUCCGUGCACUCUCAAUCCCUGCAUUCUAAAUCCCACCAUUCCCAAGCUUCUCGCUCCCAAUCGUCUCACUCACUCCCAGAUGCUGCUCCCGCGUCCUCUCCCCCUCCUGCUGCCGCCACUCCUAGAAGCCCCCCUUCCGUUUCCCCCGGUGCCCCAAACCGCCGCUCCGCGCCUUCCUCUCGCCACCCCCGUUACAACCCCUCUCUGAACCCCGCUCCCCCGCGGCCGCACUCCCCCGUUAUAGGAACUUUCUCCUGGGGCGCGACUUAUAGCGGGUUCCGCCCGCCAGUUGCACCCUCUAAGUCCGCGCGCACCCCUCCGUCCGCGCUGGGGGGGGGAGAUGCGGGGAGAGGAGGAGAGGGGGGAAGAGGCGAGGGAAGAAGGUCAGGGUCACGGGGAGGGGUUAGUCUGAGCGAUAGGAUAAGGGGGAAGAAAGAAGCAAGAAGAGGAGGAGGAGCAGGAGAUAGGGACCUGGCAGGUGAAGGGGAUGAGGAAAUUGAAGGGGAAACAAGCGCACAAGCCCCGUAUUUAUCAAUUCCCGGGGAGGAUGGCGAGGAGGGGGAUUUACCCUGGAAAUUGGGCGCGCCCGAGCCUGAGCUCACUCCCCGGUCCAACUCCCUCCCAAACGCCUGCUCCCCGUUCUCCCUGCUCCUGCCUUCAGACAUCAACAGCCCUAAAUGGGCCGGCAGAGGUACCGGCAGUGGGAGAGGGCUGGGGAGUGGGUUAGGAGGAAUGGGGAGCAGCAGCAGCAGGCAGAGCGGCCAGUCUAGAUACAGCCGGGGGCAGGGGCAAACUCAGGGGGAGGAUCUACUUGGGGUUGGGGAUAGCCCGGCCUGCUACAGCCCAGGCGGCAGCACCCGCCGCCCCGCUACAGCCGGGCCGCUAGGGGACGCGGCCGGAGAGUCGGCUACAGCCGGGGGGUCUGUAGCGGGGACGCCUGUAGCCGGCACUCCCACUGCCCGCACGCCCACGUUUGGGAGAAGGUUGAGGAGGCAGAGGGGGCCUUCUUUUGGCGGGUCUUCAGAGCUGCUGGGGAUUAUGGGGAAAGGGGCGCUUAAGAAGGGGCUUGCUGCGGGGUUGAAGAGUGUCCAGAGGUCAGGUAGAAGGUCCCUUCUAUCAAGCUUUCUUUCAGAUUCAUCAGAUAAAGACAAGGACAGGGAGAGGCCUGGGUCCGCAUCUAAGAGGAGUCGCCUCCGAAGCAGCAGCUUUGGCUCGUUAUCCUCCCCCGGGGGUGCUGGUGCGGGCGCAGGUUCGGGAGCUGGUUCGGGUGCGGGCGGCGGUGCUUCGGGUGGUGGUGCUGCCGGUGUCGGUGUGAGAAGAAGCAGCUUUGGUUCUAGUCGUGACGGGGAGGAGGAGGACGGGGAGGAGGAGGACGCAGAAGACUUGGCACAGGAAGGAAAGCUAUGGGAACAGCUAGAGGAGAAAUACCAAACACCUCUCUCUGCUGAAGCAGCUGCUGCUGCCGCUGCCGCCGCCGCCGCCGCUGCUGCUGCCUCUCCUGGUGCUGCUGCUGGUGGUUUUGGUGGUGCUACCCCUAAUGCACCGUCCCCAAGUGGCGCCUCCCCCUCUCUCGCCAUGGCUCUCACCCGUAGCAUGUCUCUGUCCCGCAACAAAGCCCUUUCCCGAGGCAUGUCGAUGGUGGCUAGUCGCAGCAGCAGUAGGGAGGCAGGGGAUGGGGAGACGGGUGGUGGCAGUGGGGUGGGAGACGGGGAGGGGGAGAAGGCAGGGGGGGGUAGGCAGGGGCGGGCGGCUGGGAGGGCGGCUUUACCUAGGCCUAAGAAGAAACGGUGGAUGAGGAGGGAUGUGAUAAAGGAGGAGACGAAGGAGGAGAUUGAGGAGGAGAGGGAAGAGGCGGAGAAGCAGCAGGAGAGUGGGUUGCUGGAGACAGGGGAGGGGCAGGGAGCGGAGAAGGAGGGUCUACAGGUAGGGAGUGGGGAUGCUGAGGAGGAGAGGAGGAAUGAGGAGGUGAGGAGGAUAUUACGUAGCUUGGCAGGUGGAGAGGGAGGAGAAGCAGAAGGAGGAGGGGGAGGAGGAGUAGGAGGGGGAGGAGGGGAGGAAGAGGAGGAGAAACGGCCGUCUCUGGCUGUGAUGUUUCAGCGGUCUAUAAGCCUGAGGCUGGCACCCAGGGAGAGGCUAGGAGGGGGAGGAGGAGGAGUAGGGGGAGGGGGAGGAGGGAGGAGAGAUGGUGGAGGGGAGAAGCUAGGGGUUAUGGAUGCUUUUAGAAGGCAGGUUACGCUGAGAAGCAGGCCCGAACGAAUUGAGGAGGAGGAGGUGGGUGGAGAGCGGUUGGGAGGGAUGGAGCUGAGAAAGCAGGUGACGUGGAGAGGGGACGGGAGGCGAGGCGAGGGGAGGAAGGGGGUGAUGGGGUUCAGGAGCCUUGCUGCUGCAGUUGCUGCGCUGGUGGGGGUGGGAGGGCGUGAGGUUAAGGGGAGUGGGGAAGGUAUGGCCGUGUCGGGUCAGAGAGAGGAGAGUGAGGGUGAGGAGGGACGGAAGGAUGGGGAGGAGAGUAGUGAUGAUGGAGUGAGGGAGACAGUGGGGGAGGAGGAAGGAACGGAAGGGGAGGGAGGGAGGGAAGGGGAUGGAGGGGAGGAAGGGAAAGGGGAAGGGGUUAGGCAGGAGGUAAAUGAGGAAGGUAAGAUGGACGAGGGUGCUUAUGCUGGUGCUGGUGCUGGCGGGGUGAGGGAUUUGAGAGGAGGAGAAAGGAAGGUAGAUCCUCCAAUUGAAGUGACGGGAGAGGGGGCAGCAAGGCAGGAACUCACUCCCACUCUCACUCCCUCACUCACACCCACAAUCACUCCCUCACUCACUCCCACACUCACUCCCACACUCACUCCAACGCGCACCCCCAGCAGCAGUGCCCGGAUGACUGGCGUUGACUUGGCCACACUUGCCCAAGUGUCCGGUGUUGAGUCAACUCAGUCGUUGACUGGCGUUGACUCCGCCACAGUGGCCCAAGGGUCUGCUCUUGAGUCAUCUCAGGCGUUGACUGGCGUUGACUCGGCUACUCUAGACCACGGUUCUGAUGGUUCCCCUCUAGGGCUGUCCAGAGGGGGAAGUUUCCACCAGCCUUCCCCAAGAGAAGGCUCCCCAUUGGUGGAUAGACAGAAAACGAGCUUCCAGCAGCAAGAGCAGGGGCAGGGGAAGCAACAGCAGCAGCAGCAGGAGCAGGGGCAGGGGCAGGGGCAGGGGCAGGGGCAGGGGCAGGGGCAGGGGCAGGGGCAGGGGCAGGGGCAGGGGCAGGGGCAGGGGCAGGGGCAGGGGCAGGAACAGCAGCAGCAGGAGAAGCAGGAGCAGGAGCAGCCGCCGGAAGAGAAGCAGGAAGAGGGAAAAUCGGAGGAUCAGGAGCAAACGGAGGAGAAUAAACAGCAGCAGCAGGCUGUAGGGAGAGCACAGCGGCUGCUGGUAAGGCACCACUCUCUAAGCAGCAGGGCGCUAGACGCUGCCAAUCAGAGUAUGGGCAUGGAUUUGGGUUUGGGUUUGUCAGGGCGUGAUGUUGCUGCUGCCAGCAGCAGCAGCAGCAGCAAUACCCCUGCGAAUGACAGUAGCAGCGGUGCUGGUGCGGUUGGUGGAGUUGGUGGGGUUGGUGGCAGGCCUCCGCUGCAGCGGACGAGUACAGAGAGAAUCGUUCGCUCGACCCGCAGUUUGACUGUUAAGAAGUAUUUAUCCCCGUCUUCCUCGUUGGUUCGCCGGACAGGAGCAGCAGCGGGAGCAGCAGGGGGAGCAGCGGAGGGAGCAGGGGAAGGAGCAGAGGGAGCGGGAGAUGUGGUGGGUGGGUCGGAAGAGGAGGGUGAUAAUGAGGGUGGUGUGGCAGGGGUGGUUCGGGCGAGGCCUGGUGGGGGCGCGGCAGGAGUGUCGUUCUACUCGUUUGACCGGCAUCGUAUGGGGUUGGCUGCUAUGGAAGCGAAGAAGAGGGGGUGGAGAGGGGCGGAGAGGAGUGGGGCGGAUAGAUUAACGGUGGAGGGAGGCGCUGAGACGUGGGGGGCGGAGGGAGGGGCGGAAACGUGGAGAGUGGAGGGAGGGGCGGAGGUGUGGGGGGAAGGAACAGAGGCUACUGAAAGGGGUGAGAGGUGGGUGGGAGAAACGGAGUUCUCCCAACCGCAUGAGAGGUGGGUGGGGCCUGAGGAUGGGUAUGAGGGUGAAAGGCAGGACUUGGGAACCCAGCCGUUGGAGUAUGGUGAGGCGCAUACUGAGCAGUAUGGGGAGGGAUAUGGAGAGCAAUAUGGGGAGGGAUAUGCGGAGCAAUAUGGGGAGCAGGAGCAGUAUCAGGUGCAGUAUCAGGAGCAGUAUCAGGAGCAGUAUCAGGAGAAUUAUCAGGUGGAUUAUCAGGAGCAGGAGCCGUAUCAGGAGUAUCAUGAGGAGCAGUAUGAGGAGCAGGUGUAUUUUGAGGGGCAGAGGAGGCAGGGACGACAAGUGCUUGAGCAGGAGUAUGUGGAAAGGGGGGUGUACGGGCAGGAACAGCAGUUUGAGGGGCAGCAAUUCGGGCAGGAGCAGCAAUUUGAGGAGGGGGAGUUUGGGCAGCAGCGGCCUUUUGACGGGCAGCAGUUCGGGCAGGGGUAUGAAGAUUCGGGAGGGCAGGGGUAUGAAGAGGCAGGAGGGCAGGGGUAUGGGCGGGAGGGGCAGUCAGAGCAGCAGCAGCGCCAGUGGCAGCAGCAGCAGCAGCUGUGGCAGCGAGAGAAGGAGAAGGGGAAGGGGAAGGCAGCAUUGGAUGAGUGGGAGUUUGUGCUGCAGAGAAGCGGAACGAAGAGCCCCAUGGGGGUGCAUAUGCAGGCAGGGGGACAGGGCGGGAGCGGAAGAGGGGCUGAGGAGAUACGAGGGGUAGAGAGGGGAGGGGAGAGGGGAAGAGAGAGGGGAGGAUGGAUGAGAGGAGAGAGAGGGGGGGAACUGGAGCCAGAUGAGUUGGAGGGGCAAGGGGAGGGGCAAGGGGAGGGGCAGGGGGAUGGUGGGGGGAGGAGAGAAGGGAGGUCGUCAUACUGGGUAGAGCUUCGCCCUGAUGAGGAGGAAAUGCAUGAGAGGGAAUUUCGUGAGAGUCAGUUUCGAGAGAAACAGUUUCGAGAGGGGCAGUUUGCUGCUAGUUCCCAUGGGAGUGAGAGGAGUUUGGGUAGGGAGUCGGAUUAUGAGAGGGCGGAAGAUUAUGAGAGGGCAUCAGAGUAUGAAAGAGGAUCGGAAUAUGGGGCAUCGGAGUACGAAAGGGCAUCUGAGUAUGAUAGGGAAGGUUAUUCUGAGCGGGAGGGAGAGGAGAGGGAGGAGGGGGAGAGAGGUGCGAGGGUAUAUGAGGAGAGAGAGGAAGGAGAGGAGAGGGAGGAUAUGGAGGAAGGGGGGGAGAGGGAUGAGUUUGUGGAUGACGAGGAGUUUCAAGAGUUGAUCGAUGGCAGCGGUGGUGCUGGUGCUGGUGGCGGUGGUGAGGGGAUGACAGAUGAAAGACAGCUAUUACAACCCCCACACCAACAGCUACACUCCCCACACGAAUUGCCACACUCCCCACACCAACUGCCACACUCCCCCCAGCAGCAACAGCACUCUCCUCACCAGCUUCAGCACUCCCCCCACACCCAUUCCUCCUCUCGCUCCCCAUCCUCGCACCGUAGUCACUCUCUCUCCCCAAGUCCCCAUGCCAGCUCGGCCCGUGCUUACCGAGCCAGUUUAGGCCCGGCCAACACCGUACCUGGGAUGCAGGUCCGGGAGGUGUUCAGGUCCGAUUCGGUGAGCACUUCGGAAGACGAGGAGGAAGGGGAGGGGAGGGAGGUGGGGGGGGCUAGGGGAAGGAGUGGGGAGAGGGAGCCUGGGGGAAGGAGUGGGGAGGGUAAGCGGGGGAGCGGAAUUUUCAGGUCACUUUCUCGCUCGCGACUUGCUCAAUCUUCCAGUUUUUCGGGCAGAAGCACCGAGCGAAGCCUUUCGGGCAGAAGAGCAGGUGCAUCUGAUCUGGACCGGGCAGACUCAGGUGAUUUCAGCAGAGCGGUUCCAGGUGGAUUCAACAGAGUGGGCUCAGGUGAAUUCAACAGAGGAUCAGGUGCUAUGGCAGGAUACGAUAUGGAAGGUGAUUAUAUGGAUGGAAUUGAAGACGCUGCUUUGAUUCAGGAAGCUCAAAUGGUAUCUGGGGCUCAUAGGGAUGGAGGGAGGGCAAGGGAGAGGUUUAGGGAAGGGAGGAGGGCGAGGGAGAGUGAGUGGGACAGGGAUGGGAGCGGCCAGAGGGGAGUGGGGGGGCCCAGGGACGACGAGAGGUAUAAUUCGAGGAGGGGAGAGAGAAAUGCAAGAGAUGGAGUGGAUGGGGAGAAUGGGAGGGAUGGGAGGGUUGGGCCAAGGGCCAAUGCGAGAAGUAAGGAGGGUGAAGUGCAGGGUGCUCGUCCCCGUGACCCCAGUGCUCCCAGUCCGUUGAGUGGCCCCUUGGCUCCCCGUGCCCCCCGGCAGUUCCAGCGCAGCUUGACCGAUCGAAGGGGGGCGCCCCCCGCCUUUGCUCCCGCUCCUGCUCCUCCUGCUGCUGCCGUAUCUGCUAGGGACUGGAUAGCGGGAGGAGCAGCAGCAGCAGCAGCAGGAGGAGGAGGAGCAGCACUCCACCACCCUCACCCCAGUGCUCCCCAUGCCACCCGUGCUGCCAGUGCUCCCCGGCAGUUCCAACGCAGCUUGACCGAUCGGCGAAGGCCCGCGGCUACCCUCGCUCCCGCCCCCCCUGCUCCUGCUGUUAUUUCAGCCAAGGACUGGAUAGCUGGGGCAAGGGUGGGGUUGUCGGGAGGAAGGGAGAGAGGAGGUGGGGUAGGGGGAGGGGCUGGAGGGAAGCGGCUGGUGGGAGGGCGGCGGCUGCAGAGGCAAAUGUCAGAGAAAACGUUCAGGGAAGGGGGGAGGAGGGGGUGGGAGAGCGGUGGGGAGGAGGCGAGGGGUGGUGGUGACUUGUGGGGUGAUGCUGCUGCUUCCGCUGCUGCAGCUGGUAGACGGACUGACUUCGAGACUUCUGGUUUUGAGACCUCUGGUUCUGGGAAGCCUCAAGGUUCGGAUAGGAGAGCUGCCCCCAGCAGGUUAUCUCGGGGCGAUUCGCUUGGUAGGGCCGCAGCAGCAGCCCUUGCUGCUGGUGGUGGUGGUGGUGGUGCUGGUGAUGAAACCAUGAUCACAGGAGCUGCGUAUGGCACAGCAGCAGCAGCAGAAGGUGGAGGUGCUGGUGAUGCUGCUGACUUCUAUCGCAGCAACUCUUUAAGGAGGAUGAACCGGCCGCCCAAAGACUCCGUGUCUAGACCAGCAGGUGCUUCUGGUGGCGGUAACUUGCCCCGUAACGACUCUCUGGGAAGGGGUGCGAGCCGGGAAGAAGGGAAUAAUCGUGCCGGGCUGCCCCGUAAUGACUCGUUGGGAAGGGGUGCGAGCGGGGAAAGGAAUGCUGGUAGUGCGGGGUUGCGCCGUAACGACUCGUUGGGAAGGGGCGAUUUCAGCAACAGCGCUGCCCGAGUCAGUCCCCACGAUCAUCGCAGCUUCGGCUCGAGUGCGAGCGGUGAAGGGAGGAGUGCCGGGCUGACCCGUAACAACUCGCUGGGACGCGGUUACCAUGCGCGCAGUCACAGAGCGAGCAGCUGGCAUGAAGAAAUGGUAGAGCAUGAGGGGUAUGAGGAGUCAUACUCUCGUGCUCAUGAGGAGACAGAUGCUCAUACUACUCGUGAGGAGUGGUCGCAGUCCCUGGCACCGCAGCAGCAGCAGCACCAGCAGCAGCAGCAGCGGCGAAUCCCACCCCAGCAGCAGCAGCGGCGGCAGCAGCGGGAGCAGGAGCAGCCGGAGCAUGUCACUGGAGAGAGCGGCUACACUGAAUAG